AUGACAUGGAUUAGGUUGGAGGCGGCAAACGGUCUGAGGGUCAUGGCGCCGUCGUUCAGCCCACCACCCCGUAUAGAAGGGAUCGACAAGUUGUUUGACUACCCUGUCCACGCACGCUCUUUCCACUGCUUUCGUAGCUGCACCGUGCCUCUGGCGAAGGGUGCCGACAGUGACGGUGGUCUGUGUUUCAUGGAGGAGGUUCUUGUGCUGGUGCAGCGCGAGAAGGUGGGUGGGAAGCUGGACGAGGUGACCAUAGCCGUGGGUGGCCCGGCCGCCUCACGAGAGGAGUUGAUGGUUGUGCUCGAUUACGCCCUAGAGACCAUUCGACGCACAAACUACAGUGGCACACGCCUUAUUUUUGAUGCGCUCUGCACGUCAGCGAAUUGGGCUCUCACCGCGGCAGAUGAGACGAUGGAGUACGACGGCCUGCCAACCGCGCAUGCGUCACGCUGGGAGGAACGACGUGUGAGCGAUUGGCGUGCCUCAGAAGAGAUGCCUUCCACGAAGGCGCGGUGUGCGGCGAUGCACCCCUCUGCAUUUUUGCGACGCAAGGCGUUGCUUUUUUUUGUUGCUCAGGACGUUGUUCCCAUUAGUCUUCUCUAUUGCCGGGUGUCUGGUGUGAAGUCACACGGAUGCGUUGCCAGCGUUGCCGGAAACUCACAUAAUGGUUACAAGGACCUUCAAUCACUUGAAGCCGCUGCCGCGCAUGCUUGCAAGUGUCUGGUAGACGUCAUUGACCGCACACUUGCGGCAGCCUUCGAGGUGAAGGAGGGUACCACGCGGCGUCACUCGCUCUGGAGUGAGAAGUUUGAACAGCUUCCAUUCGUUGCAGUAUUUUCUACGGGUGGCCUCCUCUGUGCCUCGCCUUCGUUUUUUAAACUAAUGGACCAUUGUGGUAGACUUUUGAUUGGGGCGGUGGCGGUUGACCAGUUGAGUCGUUGGCCCACCGAGGAUCGUCCAUGCGAGCAGGUUCCACUGGUGCACGUAUCUGAGCUCUUGCUGAAAUGCGGGAAGGACGAGGUGGUGCUGCACCUCCUCUUUCUGGGCGUCGGCAACGCCGUGUGCUGUGUGUUUGCCUUCCGUACGGCGGGAGAGGGAACAUUGUGGGAUGCCGCGAGAAUCCUGCAGUUUGUAAACGAGCACCUUAGGACAUCGCGGACCGCACUAACGCUGGAUGCGGGGGAAGAUAAGAGCGGUGCAGAGCACACGUGGAAAGAAGCAGCGCAAGAGUUCGCCCCGCACCUGUUACUGUGCACGGCAUCGAUUUACCCUACACCGUGGUUUCAUAGCCUUCUCUACGAAAUGAAUAGACUAGAAGAGGAAACACCCAAAACGGUUCUUCUGGGUAAAAACGGCACACCCAGUGAAGGUUUGCCAUCGAGGCUGCAGGGGUCUUGCGACUGCUUUUCGCUGUUUGGGCGACGUGGAAAGAAGGCGGCAUCCUCCUCCACUUCUUUUGUGUGGCACAGAGACACCGUUGACCUUCCUCUGGAUGUGGCAUGGUGUGUUGCCUCCAGCCACGUUGUCAAGGCGGAGGCAAAUGCCUGCAACAAGGGUAGUGAAUUGGGACAUUAUGCCCUUUUUUCGAUUCUCUCCAGCGGCACUGAGAAUGCGGGGGAGACAGGACGCUACUGCGUCGGCCGGUUUUACCACUGCUGGCGCAGCACAUUCAGUCUAAAUCUCGUGAGCUGCACUGAGGGCAGCAACAGCAGCCACAGUCACUACACCCGUGAGGCGGACCCAACAAAGUUCCUGCAGGGAUUUUCGUCUAUUGGGGCGGGCCCCCGUGCACCGGCUUCGUUUGAAGUGCGAGAUGGAGGUGGUGGAUUGUUUCACCGAGGUCCUCGGUUGGAGGCCCGCGACGGGGACGACGCACCCGUGUUCGCGUCUCACAUGAUGACCUUUCCGUACUCGUUGCUCUUCGAGGAGGAUGAGGCCGAGGAAGGCCCACAGGCAGACGAUGUGCAUGGGGCGCCACACAUGACAGUCUUCUACACUAGGGCGACUCACAAGGUGAAGGGGGUUGCAUGCGAGGCGGUGCUGCAGGAGAUGCUGCUGAUGGAAGGAGAUUUGACGGGCUGCGAGGGGGAAUUGGUGGCGACCCUGCUACGGCAGCAGCGAUCAAAGCCAAUCAGCGAAGCCUUUUCAUCUUGCCACGAGGCUGCACACCGCGUCCUCGAGGAUGUUUGGCGCGCCUCAAAUGCAUAG